AUGAUUAUAGUGACAGGCGGUGCCGGCUUUAUUGGCUCCAAUAUAGUGAAGGCGCUCAAUGAACGUCAACACAGAGAUAUUGUGGUGGUCGAUGACCUGAGUGACGGUACAAAGUUUGUCAACUUAGUGGACUGCGAGAUUAUGGACUAUCUCGAUAUUGACGAGUUCCUGAAGGCUAUUAUUGGGGAUACGUUAUCGACUCCGGAUAUUAUCUUCCACAAUGGAGCCUGCUCCUCAACAACGGAGCAGAAUGGCAAAUACAUGCUUCAGAACAAUUUUACUAUGUCCAAAGAAUUGCUUCAUUUUUGCAAUAGGCGCAAGGUGCCUCUGAUCUAUGCUUCCUCCGCAGCCGUCUACGGCGACAGCGGCAACUUCGCCGAAGAUUCGCAAUCAGAAUCACCACUCAACAUCUACGGAUACUCGAAGCUGCUCUUCGAUAGGUAUGUGCGAGCUCAUGCCAAUGAGUACAGCACGCAGGUAGUCGGACUCCGCUAUUUCAACGUUUAUGGGCCACGCGAACAGCACAAAAAGAAUAUGGCUAGCGUUGCUUACCACCAUCACAUGCAGGUACAGCGCGGUGAGAACCCAAGACUAUUUGGCGAAUAUGAUGGAUGCGAGGCAGGCUUACAGAAGCGGGACUUCAUCCACGUUGACGAUAUAGUCGAAGCCAACCUCUGGUUUUUCCAGCAUCCUGAGGUAUCUGGGACGUUCAAUGUCGGCACUGGGCGUGCAGAACCAUUCAUAGAGAUUGCUGCUGCAGUAAUCAGCUUUUAUGGAAAGGGCAAAAUUGAAUUUGUCGAGUUUCCAGAGCUGCUUAAGGGAUCUUAUCAAAGCUACACAUGCGCCGAUAUAUCCAAACUACGGGAUGCAGGCUUUGACCACGAGUUCAAAACCGUGGCACAAGGUGUUCGAGCGUACAUGGAGUGGCUUAAUCGCUAG